UGCCAUUAUCCUUAUUUUUUUUAAUCCAAAAGUCAUAGAGAAGCGACUAUUUUAAGAUGACUGCAGUGCAAAACACCCUUGUUCACGAAAGAGUGCCAGAAAUAUUUUGUUGACUCAUCGGUUUCGUCAGCUCCUUGGCUCCUCCCUCCACUGGCGUCAAGCAGGUGAACCCUAAAGUCUUAAGCAGGUGCCCAGGGAGCAAGUAAAACACGAGUUACACAAACUAGAGUCACGCUGGAAAUCCUUCUCAACAAAGUUAGCCAUUCUCUGCGUUAGCCAAUAAAAGAAAAAAGGCUUGUCAACUGAAAUCAGCGCAUACAACAAAUACUUAUUGGACUGAGUGACUGAACUUUAAUGGAAGUCUUCUGAAAGAUAAGUACAAGUUUUCAGUAACUAAAGAAGAUGAACUGGGCGCAGCUGUAUUCUCUGUUAGGAGGCGUGAACAAGCACUCCACCAGCCUUGGGAAGGUCUGGCUGUCUGUCCUCUUCAUCUUCCGCAUUAUGAUCCUCAUCGUGGCAGUGGAGAGUGUCUGGGGAGAUGAACAAUCGGACUUCACCUGCAACACCCUACAGCCCGGCUGCAAGAAUGUCUGCUACGACCACUACUUUCCCAUCUCCCACAUUCGGCUCUGGAGCCUUCAGCUUAUUUUUGUUUCCACUCCCGCUCUCCUGGUAGCCAUGCACGUGGCUCACAGCAUAAAAGAGGAAAAGAAGGAUCUCAUUAGAACUAUGGGUGACAAAGCAGAUGUGGACAUAGAAAUGCUUAAGAAGAAGAAGUUCCAUAUUGUGGGGCCGCUGUGGUGGACCUACACUGUUAGUCUGUUUUUCAGGUUGCUGUUUGAAGCUGCCUUCAUGUACGUGUUUUAUUAUCUUUACAAUGGCUUCCAUAUGCCACGCCUGGUGAAAUGUGAUGCUUGGCCCUGCCCAAACACAGUUGAUUGUUUCAUUUCUCGACCCACCGAGAAGACCGUGUUCACCAUUUUCAUGAUUGCUGCCUCGUCCCUGUGUAUGGUACUCAAUGUGGCUGAACUGUCCUACCUGAUCGUAAAGGCUUUGCUGGGGUAUUGCAGAAAACAAAGAUGUCACCCUAGUCAUGUUUCCAAAAAUAAGGAAUGCCACCAAAAUAAAAGGAAUGAAAUCCUGUUAUUGGAAUCCAGAAGAGCCAGUGCUCCACAGAAAUAGGCCUAACACCAUAAUGGACAUUUACAGUAUUCCAGUUCAACAUGUGUUCAACUGGAGGCUCUCAUGUUUUGUUUUGUUCUUUAGAAAAUAGUUCCAGGGGAAUAUCAAUUCUGAAAAAUGAACUUUAAUAUGUAUCCAGGUUAUGUCUUCAAUGCUGCCCUCUUUACCUUAUAGCAAGGAGAUAUUAGCGUACAGAAUAUGACUGCUUUUAUUCAUUAUUCAUUCAUGUUUAGUAACAAUUGUUUUAUUAAUGAGUUUCCACGGAGAGUAACAGAUUGCUGUUGAUGCAUUACAAAUAAGAAUAGUACAUCAAACACAGAACUGCAUUAUCAGAGGUGUACUGGGACAAUAGAACAGUAUUAUUCACCCUGUUUGGCUAAUCUAGAACCACAGUGAUGUACAUGUCAGCUGCAAGUGUCGAAUAUAUUUACUGUAAGACUAAGAUUGUAGAGAUGCCAGACAAGGGCAAGAAAAGUCCAGUCUCCCAGACAACCUUCAAUGAAUGUAGAUUAUAGUUCCUGAUAUGUUUGUCAAUUAUAACUGAUACUGAGAGUCUGCAGCAAAAUGUAAUGCAAUGUUUGUUAAGGAAGUUGAACAAAUCUGAAUAUUAUGGCUGAGAAUAUUAUGGCAUUUUCCUUUUAACAUUAAUUUUCUUUUUCUUUUAUUUCUUAUUUGAUUUUUACAUAGCUCACAGUGCCCUCCAGUUGCCAUAUGUUGUAUUGCAGCACAGAUCUAAAAGGAAAGUCCAGUAUAAAUGUAUUAUUAUUAUUUAUUUCUUAGCAGACGCCCUUAUCUAGGGCGACUUACAAUUGUUACAAGAUAUCACAUUAUUUUUACAUACCAUUACAUUAUUUUUUACACAUUAUUUUUACAUACAAUUACCCAUUUAUACAGUUGGGCUUUUACUGGAGCAAUCUAGGUAAAGUACCUUGCUCAAGGGUACAGCAGCAGUGUUCCCCACCUGGGAUUGAACCCACAACCCUCUGGUCAAGAGUCCGGAGCCCUAAACACUACUCCACACUGCUGCCCACCCUUAAUAUUUGUAGCAACUCAGAGGUCAAACCAUUGUGACCAUACUGUGUUUAAAAUGAAGUUAUCAGACAGUAUAAUUCUGUGUGGUUUAGACUGCUAGUUGCCCUUGAUCUCAGUGCCACAGUGCAUCAUGAAACGUCUUGGCUACCACAGUAAAGAAACGUCAGGGUGACCUACCACUGUUUCAUUUUAAGCAGGAUAAAAAGAAAAUAGAUAUUUCACAACAAUUCUGUUCCUUGCACUUUAAAAACAUGUAUGUAAAAAUGAUGCUUAAAGACACUGAAUACAGAUUUACUUUUUUAUGGUACAAUUACCAAAUAAGGUAAAAGUCAAAGUGGAUGAAUUUGAGCAAUGUAAAAUAUUUUUUUAGGGAGGGGGUGGGGAGACUAGACCCAUUUCACUUCAGGCCUGGGUUGGAAUCCAGCUUCAGUCAUAAGUGAAAUUACUUUGUGGUCUCAAACUUGCCCCCAGCAGAUGUUAUUCUACUGUAUAUCACAAAACCACCACCCAAGUUGGUACACUUGUCAGUCUUUGCUUGCAAAAGACAGAAUUACAGGGGUGCAGGUUAGGAGUGAUACUGUAUGCAUCGAAGUCUGCACCUUUGUUACUUGCUAUAUUUCAGUAAACAUUACUGUAGGUAUUUAGGGUUAGCGUUAGGUGUUAGGGUUAUACAGAGGUGUAAAAAAAAAAGGUCAUAAUUGGAUAGAUGACAAAUAUACUGUAUGAAUCAAUAAUCUUUCUCCCUAAAAAAGAGGUUUUAAUAAAGAAAAAACAUCUUAGGGAAGCACAACUGUCUUGUAACACAAACCGAAAACAAACACAUUACUGUGUUCAUUUUAACACAUGUCUUUGCAGUCCACUGGUUAAUAUAAUUGACAUUUACAAUAAGUAUUUAUACUUAUUGUCGGAAGGGUCUCUUUUACUAAAUGGUUUACAGGUGUUUGCUAAAGAAACAUAUCCUGCUUGUCUCUGCACUGUAGAGAAUUGACAGCAGCACAUCUUGAGAUGAGGCACUGAUGGAGUCCUGUUUUACCAGAGGCCAGUUGUAAGGGGAGGUGUCUUCCAUUCUUAUUCCCUUUUCUGGGUUCUAUGUGACAGCUUUAUUCUUUCCAAUUCAUACAUCUAUGUGUAAUGCUAUGGGAUCUAUUCACACAAUUAUAGGACUGUUUUUAGAUGAGUGAUUAAAAACAUUCUCUUUGGCAAAACAGUUCUUUAAAAACUAAGAAACAAAUUCUGACCUUCUCUAAAACAGUAGAAAAGGAUUUUGCGAAUUCUUUAACAAUAGAUUUUUUAAAAACACUAUUCACAAAAAUAAGGUAUGUUAUUAUUAUUAUUAUUAUUAUUAUUAUUAUUAUUAUUAUUAUUAUUAUUAUUAACUUAAUCAAGUUUGUAGUUGAACUGCUUUAGAGAGGGUGUAUUCAUUUUUCUAAUUUUCCAACACACUUCAUAUUUCAAUGCACUAUGAGAAUGUUUGUAAGUGCUCUUCAAUCAGCAUUACCUUAAAAAAACAAUGUUAAAACAUCCUGUGAAUAGGGCCCCAAAUUUCUUCCAAAAAUUGUUAUGGUAGAAAAACUUAAGAAUUGUACAAGCUAUUUACUUUGUAAUGACAUAGUUAUUACUAGUAGAAGUACAUUACAGUGUUGUUUAAAAUGAAGGAAAUGUGAUUUUUAAUGAUAAUAAUGAAAA